AGAUCCUCUCAGGGAUGGGCGUGGCUGCUGGAUUUUAAUGUCACUCAUUGUGAACUACACUGCUGUAAUCUCUCACCUUAUUGGCUGUUUCUCUGGAACACUGACACACACUUCCUCAUAACCCCUACACUACACUACAGUACUGAUAAACCGGGUUACAGUUGUGCAAUAAAGGUUGCCAGAUUGUGAGUUUUUACACGCAUACAAUAUAAAAGCACUGCCUCGGGCUGUUUAUUCAUUCUCUGUAUCUGUCCAUGUUUAAGUUUAUGUGCACUACAUGUGUACACUAUCUAGAGUUCUGUGAGAAGAUGUUUCGGAUUUUCCAUUAUGUGUGAGAUAAUAAUUACUCUUAAAGCCUUUUUAGUGUAAGUUGAUUGGGUCUUUCAGGCCCAGUGCGUUAGUCUGCGUGUAUACUCCCUUUAUAAGUGCCCUAAAUAACACAACGGCCUCCUACCCUCCAUAUAGUGCACUAUGGGCUCACAGGAGAUACUGCUCCUCACUCCAGCCAACAUCACAAGAAAUAUGAAUGUAAAGUCAUGGGCAGUAUCUUUGAGUGUCUGUGUGUGUGUGUGUGUGUGUGUGUGUGUGUGUGUGUGUCUGUGUGUGUGUGUGUAACUCUCGUAUAAUUUUGCAUAGCGCCAUAUACACAAGUUGUACUUGUGCACAAAUGCAAAUGAUUAUAAAUGAUUGAAAUCGUUUAGGAGUUGUUUUUGCACACUUGUGGACUCAGGGUCGUUUGUUAGUUCACUCCUUGCUGAAAAAAAUUAGAAACUAUUACAGAAAUUCUAAUGGUUUUAAUGUUUGUAAUGGGAAUUGUAUUGGUUUUAAUGGAAACUAUAAUGGUCCUUGUGGGUCUCUACUUGUAUGAUGUGUUGGGUUCUAUUGGUGGCAUGUUUAUGUCUAGUGGAAACCAAUACAGACCACUGAAUCAGAAUAGAAUAUGGAACAAAACACACUACAGUUGUUAAUGGUUUCAGUGGUAUUUGUAGUGGAAACCAUUCGCAUUUCUGUAAUGGUUUCUAUUGGGGUUUUUUUUUUCAGAAGGGCUUGUUUGCACUGAGAAGAUCAGGAAAAAUGCACAUCUUGUUCCAGGAUGCAUGGCUAACAUUCUUCUUAUACGAAAUCAGCAUCUCAUUUGCAGGGUUUCUUGCAUAAUGACAUGCCACGCAUCCAGAAAGUGAUGUUUAUCACAGUUUGACCACCGAACAAUCUUCCCUGAGUAUUCGGACCACGUGUGAAAACUCCCUCAUAGAGUUCCACUUGUAUCCUUCUCUAAAAGGGAAAUGUUCUGGUUCCCCAUGAUGGAUGAGAACAGAUUUAUGCGUAAAUCGUUAGUAAGAAAUCAAAUUCAAUGUAAAUUAAAUGUAAAUUCACGCAUAAGAAGAAGAACUAACGUAAUCCUCGAAUUGAACCACUUCAAUUCAUAUAAUCAGCAUGGGAUUAUGGCACAUUUAUAUCCAGAAUAUUCUCUGGAGUUUAUGGAGUUUAGCUGACGCCCUUAUCCAGAGUCACCUCGGGAAGAGCUUUGGAGUCUCGAUCAGAAACACGUCGUCAUCCCUCGCUCGGGGACUCGGAGCUCCAUCCAGAACAUUUCAUGAAAACCAGUCGCUUUAUUUUAUCGGCAUUAAUCAAAGAAUAUAUUUAAUAUUAUACCCCUUAUUUAAGUGCACUACAUAAGGUAGACUCCUACACCCUAUGUGGUGAACUAUGUUGUGCAAUAAGAGGGAAUAUGGGGUUAAGUUCCGUACUCUCUACAUAAGUGAGCCGCUUGAGAUUGAUCAUGUGUUUCCUUUUCAGAUGUAAGGGGCAGGAAAUACUUCGAACCCCUCCUGCAGGUUCCAGUGUGUGUGUGUGUGUGUGUGUGUGUGUGUGUAUGUGUGUGUGUGUGUGUGUGUGUGUGUGUGUGUGUAGACUAGCUAGUGUCUUGGUGAAGUUUUAACAAUACUUGUGCUGGCAUCCAGUGAAUCAAAUAUGGCAACCCUGAGUAAGGGAGGGGAGGUGGGGGGAGUAAUAAUAUUGGGCAGUGUGGUGGAGUGAAGCAGCCUGUAGGCACAUAAUCAAGCUGCCACAAGUCCAAGGCACGGACAUGCUGGCUCAGGCAGAGGGAGCUCUGAGUCUCCGAGCUCAGACAGGUAGGGGGAAGACAGGAAUCCGGGGAAUGUGAGAUAGACAGAGAGAGAGAGGGAGAGAGAAAGAGAGAGAGAGAGAGAGAGAGAGAGACGAGGUUACACUCUGAGAGGAUAUGGACACUCCUGUUUGUUACUUUCCUGAAGUUCUAUCAAGACUCGUUGUGUGGAUUAUGUGUGAACCCUAACACGGCUGUGUGUGUGAGACGGUGUUCAGCAAGAGGAAGAGUGUCGGAAUCUUCAUCGCUCAGGUGUUUUCGAACCGUAAGGACAUGGACUCUCUGAAGAAAGAACUGGAAGAGGAGCUUAAACUCAGCACUGAUGAUAUCAGGAGUCAUGCCUGGUAUCACGGGCAGCUACAGAGAGAGGCAGCAGAGGAGCUGUUGAAAAAUGACGGGGAUUUCUUGGUGCGAGACUCCAGCACAUGUGGUGGUGACUAUGUCCUGAGCUGCAUGUGGAAAAAGCAGUGCAUGCACUUCAAAAUCAUCCGCGUUGUCCUCCGGCCAAAACAGGGUUAUUCAAGGGAGCUGUUUCAGUUUGAGAGUGAUCAGUUCGACAAUAUUGCUGCCCUGGUGCGCUUCCACGUAGGUGGGCGUCGGCCAAUAUCACAGGCUUCCGGAGCCGUCAUCACUCAACCAGUCACGCGCACCCUUCCUCUGAGGGUCAUCAAUGAGCGCCAGGCAGUGAGGUCACCAAGCACGAGCUCUGCAGCAGCACCUCAUUGGUCAGAAGAGAAGGGCAAGAGGCGGAGCUUGAGCUCCACACAUAUGGACAUGCAACAGGCCAACAGCUACAACCUGCUUAGGAGUGGCAGUCAACCUGCUAAUCUAGAGACAGUAGGAAAACCAUUACUACAGUCAGCACAAUCAGAUAGCAACCUUCGCCCAGCUGAACCCCAGAGCACUCCAGCACAGGAUCCUCUCUCCCCGGUGUUCCGUACAGGCAGCGAUCCUUUGCUCAGUCCUGGCUCCACCCACUCACACAAUUCCAGCCAAUUAGCAACAGGAGGCUGCACGCUCCGUGGUUCUGAUGGACAGCUGCAUUCUCGGGCUCCGCCCAAACCGAUCAGAGUUUCCACCCUGUUUCCAGAAAAAUCGCCAACUAUACCACAGAUCAAGAUCAACCCUGCCUCCCUCUAUGAUGAACUGGUGCCUCAGAUCCCUCAGUCAAUGCUGCCCAAAGGUCCAACAGCUCGUCUCCGUGCUCAGGAGAAAUGGAGCAGCCGGGCGCGUAUCACCGAGACCAGCUUUGUUUUUCUUGAGGCACAGAGGGCUGAAGAAGAGAAAGAGGUAGAGGUGGAGAAGGAGGAGCGAGACAGAGUAACGAAGGUAGUGAGAAACGGAGACAACUGGCGAUUCCUCCGUCCUGAGACAGAGAUGACCUCGUCCUUUCGCCUGGAUGCAUUUCGCUCGCUGCUGCUGCCCGACAACAACCGGCCGCUGGAGCAGAGUGUACUACACUCUCUCAAGGAGCUGCUCUCUCGCACCGACGCUAACACCACUGCUCUGCACCUGCUCAAUGUAGACUGCCAGGUGGCACGUGUGACGGGUGUGACGGAGGAGCAAAAGAGGAUGAUGGGAGUGAACUCAGGACUGGAGCUCAUCACACUGCCACAUGGGAGCCAGCUCAGACAGGACCUGCUGGAGAGACAUCACCUCUUAGCACUGGGCGUGGCUUUGGACGUGCUGGGCUGCACGGGCUCGGUCAAUCAGAGAGCGCUGGUGCUCCAUAAAGUCAUCCAGCUGGCUCAGGCUCUGCGCUGUACUACCCACGACCUCUACGCCUUCAGCGCCGUCAUGAAGGCCCUUGAGCUGCCGCAGAUGAUCCGGUUGGAGAAGACAUGGCGAGAGUUGAGGAAGACCCACACAGAGAGUGCUGUGUUGUAUGAGAAAACCCUGAAGCCCUUCAUGAGGGCACUCAAUGAGGGUGAUGAGUCGGUGGUGUCUGGUCCCCUGUCCCUUCCCCACAUGGUGCCGUUGUUAAAGCUGAUGGAGGGAGAGGAUGGAGUGGAGAACAGCGAGAGAGGCUGCCAGCUCCUCUACACCAUCCUACAGUCCUCACGCCACACUGCUAAUCACGCUAACGACUACCAACAACACGCACACACACUGCUAUCAGCAGGUUGGGAGCCAAUCCCGGAGCUGCUGGAGGUCUUCCACACUGAGUUUGCUCUGCGUCUGUUCUGGGGUCACGCAGGGGCCGAGGCAGGCAGAAAGGAACGUUAUGAAAAAUUCGACAAGAUCCUCACCAUCCUCUCCAACAAACUGGAGCCUGCUCAGACCUCCGAACUCUGACCUUUCCAACCGAAGUGACAGGAAGCAGGAAGUCAUGCCCAAGACAAUUUACUCUGAUUGGAUGAAAGCUGUGGAAAGCUUUCCUCUGGAAUUUUUUUUCUCUACUCAGAUAUCAUUUCAGUUUAUUUCUGAUUGGAUGGAGUCAGGGUAAAGCUUUUCUCCAUUUGGAUGGGAUCUGGUUUGAAAUUUUUUAUUAUAAUUUUUUUUAUUUUUUUUAAAUCUCUUAAUCGCUGCAGUUUGUGAAAAGCUUUUUUCUGAUUGGACGAGAUUCAUGGAUGAAGUAUGAAGUAUAUCUGCUGUUUGCUUUCGGGUCAAAAUGAAAACAGGAAAAACAGACAAAACAUGAUAUAAAAAAAACUAUAGAUGAGAAGAGCUUCAGACAUUUCAGACUUGGCAAAGAGAAAUGUUUAUUUUUGCAUUAAUCCAUCGUCCACUUCUGUGUGUGUCCUAACCCAUGUCGGCCGUGGUGCCUCCCUGUUCAUGUGAAUGUUUUCUUCCUUUCGCAAACACUGGAAAUGAUACAUUUCCUUUUAUAAUUAAAAAAACUAAACUUUUAAUAUAUUAUACAAGCAUACUGAAUUGAAUCGAAACACAUAAAUACCCACUUUGACCUUCUCAGACAGAAAGCAGGAAGGUGGAACAGAGAGGAGCAGACCUCAGCUGUGUCACAAUCGCGUCAUCAAUUCCCUACGCGUUUCCUUUUAUGUUUUAAUGACAGGACUAGUGAACGCACACGCAGACCAAAACCCCACAACAACAUCCAGUCCAGGAGCAGGGACGUUCAAGCAUCAUCCAUUCCCUGCAUAUCAGGAAUUUUGGGAGUUGAAAUUAUCUAGAAAUUGAGACAAUACUUAAUUAAAUAUCUACAAUAUUCAAUAAUGUUCAUAUUUUUAUUUAAAUAUAAAGUCCUGGAGACAUCUAUGGCAUCCUGAAGAUGUUUUUGGUGUCUGGUGUCAUCUCACCCAUAACACUAACACUUACUUAGACCAGCACAGAUCCUUACGUUUGCCCAAUUUUCCUUCUUCCAACAUGUCAACUUCCAGAACUGACUGUUCACCUGCUGCCUAAUCUGUACAUUUUCAGCACAUUUGAACAAUACCGUGAUAAUACUGAUAACCGCGAUCGUUUUGGUCACGAUAAUCGCUGACCAAAUUGCAUCUCUACUCAAGACAAUGCUAUUCGCAUCACCUGUCAGUGGUCUUAUUGUCAUGCCUGACCU